UGUAGUUGCCAUAUCAGGUCUCGACCGCAAUCGUGUGCGAGGAAGAAUCUCGCAAAAACUACAAGUACCGGCUUCGCCCGGAAGCCCCCGCGCAUGCGCAGAGCAACGGCCUCGUCGAAUGUUUUGUUUCCACGCCAUAUUUGUUUUAGCCGGCUAGCGCUCGCUCGAGACUCAAUCCGCCAUCAUCGGCGCUUUCCUGAGGAGAAUCGGCUCCACAACUGCGUUCCUCACAGCAAACACGCGCUUGUGUUCUCUCAGCCAAGGUUUUGGCCGCAGAUUUAAAUAAAAACGAAGCGAUCGAGUCGCGUUCCCUUGAGAUCGGAGCGGGACUGUGACUAGCAGGGGUCUGUCGCUGCUCGGCGGAUUAUUUCUGAUCCUAUUUUAAUCACACACCAGCUUCGACAGAAUGGCGUGCGGAGCCACUCUGAAAAGGACAAUGGAUUUCGACCCUCUGCUGAGCCCGGCGUCCCCGAAGAGGAGGAGGUGUGCGCCCAUGUCCCCGUCCCCGCAGAAGUACCUGCGCAUGGAGCCCUCGCCCUUCGGCCGGCUGUCCUCGGCGCUCACCGCAGAGCAAAUCCUGAGCAACAUCAAGCAGGAGUACAAGCGCAUGCAGAAGCGGAGGCACCUGGAGAGCAGCUUCCAGCAGACGGACUCCAGCUGUUUCCCGCUGGACGCUCCGCCACACGCCUCCAGCAGCAGCACAGGUACACUGACAGGUGCAGCACGCCUCGGCCCCCUCAUCGAGUCCAGCGCUGCGAUGGCGUUGCGUGUUGUUUUUGCCUUUCCAGAGCAAUACGAUGCUUUCGUGAAGUUCACCCAUGACCAGCUGAUGAGGCGGUUCGGGGAGCAGCCUGCCAGCUAUGUGUCCUGAGCGCGCCUUGCUGUCAGACGGCGUCUUGUCCUGUGGAUCUCUGCCUGUGUGAGCUCCUGACGCUCAGGAUAGGUCC